UCAACCACUUGCACGCUGGAUGAUUUUUGAUAACUUAAAAAAAUUUGCUUUCUACUAUAUUCAAGUUCGUGCCUUCACAACUGAAGGAUAUGGACCUGAAAACAGUCUCACAGCGCUAACGGGUCAAGACGUCCCUAGCAAACCUCCACAGAGUAUAACUACUGCAAGUCACGUAACAUUGACAAACAUUCCAGUUGCCUGGCAACCAAUCGAUCCAGAUCACAUCAAUGGCAUUUUACGUGGCUACAAGAUUAGGUACCAGGCCGUUGAGAUUGGCGAGGAGUCAGUUGAAGAAGAGCCUAUCGGGGAGCAGAUAGUGAAUUCCUCUACUUUGUCCUUGGUGCUGACAAAUCUUGAAAUUUUUACCUUGUACCGGAUUGAUGUUGUUGGAUUUACGAUCAUGGGCGACGGCCCACCGGUCACGGAUUAUGCAGAAACUUGUCGCUGUCAUAAACGUCUCACAACGAGUUGGUAUGAAUUUCAACCAUAUGUCCGAUUGUCUGAAAAUGGCCUCCCAGAUGGACUUAUUCCACCUAUCCUUAGUGAUCUAACAGUUGCAUGCUGUGAAAGCUGUCAAUCACAUGGCAAAUCUUACGUGGACAUGAAUUCAAAUGGGUUCAAUGACUCAGCCAUGCUACCCAGUCUCCGUGCACUAAGGAACAGUAUCGAAAAUCCCACAGACUUUUUCUUUCCGGUUUACGGCUUCAAAGACCAGAAACAAUUUGCCAAACAGUUUGGUUAUCAAGGAAUAGGUGAGUCACCUGGCAUGGCGUUUAUAAUUAACACCAACUCCCAAGAUAAUAUGCCCAACGCUAUCCUGGUGAACAUUACGUCCUGUUGGCCAGCGGUCAUGCUGGCUUUGGUUAUCACUUACCUUGCAGGGCUGGUGGUGUGGUACGUGGAGUCGGAGACCAAUCCCAAAGACUUUCCACCAUCGUUUAUAGAGGGGGCGUAUGAAGCCUUUUACUGGUCAUUUGUAUCCAUGACAACCGUUGGAUACGGUGAUCGUGCACCCAUAACCAUCACAGGAAGAAUUCUGGCAAUAGUUGUCAUUUUGUCCGGGUUAGUAAUCUUUGGAAUUGUAAAUGGCGCCAUGGCAACGGCCAUUACAAGUGUUACUUUGGAAACAGAUUACAAAAUCUACGGAACCAAGGCAGCGGCAAUUGAAGGUACUCCUGAAUAUCGAAUGGGAGUAAGGAAAAAUGCAAACAUGGACAAAGGUAACACUAACACCACCUAAAACGAUUGAGGGUAUUUACUGUUGGAAGAAGGAAUGGCUAAUAAUAUUGGUAGGGCUAUCAGCAGCAGCUUAUAACAAGCCAAAAAAGGACCGCAAACAGUCUCACCACCUACAAAAGCCUCAGCCUCGUUCUCAGGGUUUCUCAUCUCCUCGCUCCCACGAGCGAGAGAGGGUCGGGAAAAUGAGAGGUCCUGAGAACGAGGUUGACAACAGCCCCAGCGCGGGGAGCAAAGGUAUGGAUGGAUACCCACGAUUGCCAGGGCAAGAGGCUUGUAAAUUGUAGGGAACGAC